CCUUUUCAUGCAAAACUUGUAAACUUUCUAAAUAUUGAUUUAAAUGUUAAAUUAGGGGAUAGAGUGGCAUGUGAUGAAUGUGGUUUAAUUAGACCCAUCAGUAUAGUGGCUGGAUUCGAAUUAUAUAAUGGGAUGGUCAAAUAGUAGAAUUAAGAAAUCGAUCGCUUGCUUGAACAAGAGGUAAAAUCUUUGGAAAUACUGAAAAAUAAAUUAUUCAAAAGGACUGAAGAAUUACUGGCAAAUAUGAAUAUAAUAGAGAAGGAAAUAGAAAAGUAAAUUUAGUAGAUAAUCUAACAAUAUAAAAAUCUGAAAUUAAACCACUAUUAAAUUGGAUAAAUAACCUUCAGCCAAUUAUAAAAAAUGGCCUAACAAAUUAGUCUAUUUAAAUAUUAAGAUAUUUAAUUAUUUGAUUAAGAAGUUGUAGAUAAAUUAAAACCCUAUCAAGGAAUCUUCAAUCAAUAUUAUGAUACUGCAUUGAAACACGCGAAAGACUAUAAAAAAAACAUUGAAGAUCUCAUAGCGUAUUAACAAUGGAAUGACCAUCCUUAAUAAAUAUGCUUCGACAUACAAAUAGCUCAGAGACACAAUGUAAUUAUUGCGAAUUGCGAAAAUAAGAUAAGGAGUUAUUCAUUUAAAGAAGGCAGAAUAAACUAAAUAUAAGAAAAUAACACUCAUAGAGGGUUUAUAGAGACGAUUUGUUUAAGCAAUUCUUAAAAUUUCUUUUUUACUGGAGGAGUAGACAAAAUUGUUCGCGUUUGGAAACUUUCAAAUUAGGGCACUUUUGAAUUAUAUUAAGAGCUCAAUUGCCAUAAAGACUGUAUAAAAUCUAUAGUGAUUAAUUCGUAAGAUAAACAAUUAUUUUCAACUGGAUGUGAUAAAACUAUAUAGAUUUGGAAUAAAUGUGAAAAUUAGUGGUAGUUGUCAUAAAGCUUGAAUGACCAUUUCAGAGAAAUAUUACAGAUAUAAAUAAGUUAAAGUGAUAAGCUAUUAUUAUCAGUUAGUUGGGAUAGGUCUAUCAAUAUAUACGAACAAAAUUAAGGAGUGUGGAAACUAACCUAGAAAAUCGGAAAUGCACAUGAAUAUAAAAUUUUCUCGGCUUGCUUUAUAAAUGAUGAAUAAUUCGUUACUGGCAGUAAAGAGGUAUUGAUUUGGAGGAGAAAUGGAAACAAUGGAUAAUUUCAUUUAACUGGAACAGUUCAAUCCUAAUUGGAAUGUGUUGAUAGAAUCAAAUAUCUUCCGUCUAAUUAAAUAAUGAUAUUUCAGAGUUCUAAUGCUUUAGAUGUGUGGAGAUUCGUAGAAUUCAACAAUCCUUUGUAAAUAUAGCGAUUUAAAGGACUGUUUUAAGGAGCCACACUUACAAAUAAUGGUCAAUAUUUAAUUGCGUAUAAUGUCGAUGAGAAAAAAAUUGUUAUUAACCAAAGAAAUUUCUGAGUUUAUCUACC